UUUUAACAUUGUAUACCACAAGAUACCACCCCGUACCAGGGUGGUAUCGUAUGGUAUUGUGUGGUAUUUUUUGGUCCUGUAAUUUGUUCACCGAUAAAUUUGUAGAUUCAAUAGAUCAUGAUGAACUCGUCCCUUCUAUGCAAACGUUUUCAAAAACGAAUUAAAAACGAAGAAGAUACCAUACAAUACCACCCAGUACCAGGGUGGUAGUGUAUGGUAUUGUGUGGUAUUUUUUGGUCCUGUAAUUUGUUCACCCAGAAAUUUGUAGAUCCAAUAUAUCAUGAUGAACUCGUCCCUUCUGUGCAAACGUUUUCAAAAACGAAUUAAAAAUGAAGAAAAUACCAUAUGGUAUGCAGUUGGUACCGAGAGGCCAGAAUUUUUUGUUCUAAAAAAAUAUUGAAAAUUGAUCUCAUUUUGUAGAGCACGAUGAACUCGUUCCACCUGUGCAAAAAAAAUUAAAAUCUGAGUUAAAACGAAAAAGAUAUGAGCCGAUUAAGAAAGCUAGAUAAAAUAAAAAUGAUCUUUAAUUUUCCAUCCUUAGAUCUGGAUUUUCUAAAUGAAGGGUCCAGAUUUGGUUAUUGAUGGGUGCAUAACCCAUGGUUAUGCACCCUAUCUUGAGCAUAUUCCAUGAUAGAUUGAAUAAUUUAUUACGUGGCGCAGGUUAUGACAGGUCGACUUAUAUGAGUAUGUAAUUUAAAAAUAAAAUAUUAAGAAUUUUUUUUUUUAUUAAAACUCCAAGCAACAAACUAUAAACAUGACAAUUGUAAUUAAAUUAUUCUAGAAAUGGAGGUUCUUGCCUAUUUUCUUUCUAGCUAAAAUAUGAGAUGAUAAAAGUAAAAUCAUAAUAAUUUGAGUAUAAUUACAUGUAAAAUUAAGUCGGGUUGAGUAGAGUACCGAUAUUCCACCCCGUCUAAGAGACGUGGAUCACCCAUCUCAAUCGGAUCAAAGUAUAAAACUCAUGUGGUCAAAAUUGUCAUGGCUAAAUUGAAUUCAACAUAUUCGAUUUAGGCGGGAUUUAAAUAUAACUUAACAUAAAGUAUCAUCGUUAACUAACCAUAAUUUACAGGAAAUUUAUUUUUUAUCAAUUCAUGAGUGACGUAGAAAUGGAUCAAGUGUUGAACUAAUCGCUAUGCUAUUCGUCCAAAAGUUCAACGAAGCUUUUGUUAAAAACCAAAGCCCAGUAGCCGAUUCGUUACCGACGGCAAAGUUCAAUGACCAGUUUGAGUAAUUGACCCUAUGUUUCCCGGCCCAGGCUCUCGAACGCUGGAAAAUCAUAUGUUAAUCCGACGGCGGCACUUUUUGGUUCUUUUAGACCUUCUGUGGACAGUGAUAAGCCAACUUCAUUUUCUCCAUCUGCAUCGUUCAAAAAGGCCUCGGAUUCUGAUUAGAAUGACCAAACGACAACGUAGUGGGCGGACCUUUCCAGGCUCCUCUCUUCUUCCAGCCUGAAUUCCAAUUUCACUACUUGGUACUUGGUCCCUCUCCUUGUUUCCAAAAUUUCGCCGCUGAAAAAAAUAAACAACAAACAUCGAGAUCCCAAUAUAUAAAAAGAAAUGCCUCUCACCAACCAGGCAUGAAUCUCGACUCACAAAGCUCUCAACUCAACUUUCUUCAUCACGGGUUGGCCUUUCUUUUUCCUCCCAACCGAAUCUUUCCCAUCUUUGAUUUCACUCCUUACCCAAUUUCCAUCUCACGCUAAUCUCUAAUGGGUUCUUGUCAACAGGUGAAAAAGACUACGUCUUUGCUUACUAGAUGUCUCCGGUGGCCGAUCCGCCCUCGACCCAGAACGGGAGCUACUCCGCCGCCGCCAGCGUGAUCAAAUGCGUGGAGGCCGUGACGGCGGCGAUGGAAUCGUCCAACGCCGACGACGACUCCGAUGACAUCCUGAAGCUGCUGGACACGACGAGGCCGAUCAAGGUCGAGAGGCCGAGGUCGUUCGGCGAGCGGUCGUUCAAUGAGCUGUCGGCGGCACUUUCGCCUCGGCACUACAGAAACUACGAGAACUCUUCCAGAGUUGACCACCUCGACCAUGUUUAUUCUCCUGGGAGAUGGUCGGGUUUCAAUUCUCCAAGGUCGAUGUCGACUCACUUCGAAUCGAAUCCGAUCGUGGCCGAAGCCUGGGAAUCGCUACGGCGAACUCUGGUUUACUACCGCGGCGAGCCUGUCGGGACCAUCGCUGCUUUGGACCACUCCAACGAGCAGGUCAAUUACGAUCAGGUGUUUGUGAGGGACUUUGUGCCGAGUGGGUUGGCGUUUUUGAUGAAUGGGGAGUACGAGAUAGUGAAGAACUUUCUACUAAAGACGCUGCAUCUUCAAUCGUGGGAGAAGACGGUGGAUCAUUUCAAGCUAGGAGAAGGGGUGAUGCCGGCGAGCUUCAAGGUGAUCCACAAGCCGGAGAGGAACAUCGAGACGUUGAUUGCCGACUUCGGCGAGACAGCGAUCGGUAGAGUGGCGCCUGUCGAUUCCGGGUUCUGGUGGAUCAUUCUGCUUCGUGCCUAUACCAAAUCUACAGGGGAUUCGUCGCUUGCCGAAAUGCCGGCUUGCCAGAGAGGAAUAAAGCUCAUCCUUAGCCUCUGUCUCUCCGAAGGGUUCGACACUUUCCCCACUCUUCUCUGCGCGGACGGCUGCUCCAUGAUCGACCGCAGAAUGGGCGUCUAUGGCUACCCAAUUGAGAUACAGGCGCUGUUCUUCAUGGCUCUCCGAUGCGCCCUGACACUUCUGAAGCAAGAUUCGGAGGGAAAAGAGUUCGUGGAGCGGAUCGUGAAGCGGCUCCACGCUCUGAGCUACCACAUGCGGAGCUACUUCUGGCUGGAUUUGAAGCAGCUGAACGACAUCUACCGCUACAAGACAGAGGAAUACUCGCACACGGCGGUGAACAAGUUCAACGUGAUGCCGGACUCUCUCCCCGACUGGGUUUUCGACUUCAUGCCGUGCCGCGGCGGGUACUUCAUCGGGAACGUGAGCCCGGCGAAGAUGGACUUCCGGUGGUUCUGCCUGGGCAACUGCAUAGCGAUCCUGUCGUCGCUGGCCACGCCGGAGCAGGCGGCGGCGAUCAUGGACUUGAUCGAGGCGCGGUGGGACGAGCUGGUCGGGGAGAUGCCGUUGAAGAUCUGUUAUCCGGCGAUUGAAGGGCACGAGUGGCGGAUUGUGACCGGGUGUGACCCGAAGAAUACACGGUGGAGCUAUCACAAUGGCGGGUCUUGGCCAGUUCUUCUGUGGAUGCUGACGGCGGCCUGCAUCAAGAGCGGCCGUCCACAGAUAGCACGGCGAGCAUUAGAGCUUGCGGAGAGCCGGUUGGGGAAGGACCAUUGGCCGGAAUACUACGACGGCCGGCUAGGGCGGUACGUAGGGAAGCAGGCGAGGAAGAAUCAGACAUGGUCGAUUGCUGGCUACUUGGUGGCCAAAAUGAUGCUGGAGGACCCUUCACAUUUGGGGAUGGUGUCCCUUGAGGAAGACAAGUUGAUGAAGCCAAUGAUGAAGAGAUCGACCUCCUGGACUUGUUAAAUACGCCCUUUCCAACAGCUGAAACAACGCCAUCAAAUUACUGUCGAGAUUUUGGCUGUAAUGUGACAGUUUUAUACGUUAACUUCCCAGUCUUGUUGCUUUAGAUAAUUUGGAGGAAUUUGUCUAAUUGUGGAUUUUGGUUUCUCUCCUUUCUUCCCUAUGUUUCUUUGUUUGCUUCUUGCUCUGGGUUGUAAAUGUAGAGAGAAUGAACUGCAACAGCUAAAAGAUACCCAAAAGAUUCCGUCAAAUAUCCCAUAUGGAGUAGAAAAGGAACAAGAAUGGCGAUACAUAAUUGCUUAUUUAGUAGGAUGGCAAAUUGGUUAGACGGAUAUUUCAAUGUUCAUAUCUGUUUUAUAUUAAGUGUGGAUUUGGUUGAGUAAUAUCCAUGUGAAUAUGAAUUGGGUAGGUCGAGUAAUGCCAUUAGAAGAAAACAAAUGCAAAAACUUAAUUACUUUGAGAAAACACUUCAUGAAAGAAAAUGAUGAUAAUUAAACGAGUAAUUAAGUCUAAAUAAUAGAAAGAUAAAGUCUUGCGUCUAUAUAAAGUUCCAUCGAGGGAAAACAUGAUUGCAGAAUAAUGGCUUAGCCUAAUGGUAAUAUUACUAGUCUUGAACCUGGUCACUUGAAGAUUCAAGGUUCGAAUUCCUUAAGUAGUAUAUAACUAUAAAAAAUAAUAUUUGUCACUUUUAUAUAAAAGAGUCAAAAUAGGAGAAAUACAAACAGGAAAUAACAUAUGUCAAACGCGAGGUAGGUCGGAUUAUACUCGAUAGUAGGGGUGUGCAACGGUUCGUUCCUGUCAGAGCCAAACUAUGGAGAAUACAAUCGAAUUUGAAGACGUCUUAGGACCAGACCAACUGUGCAUUCAGUUGGCUUUGGUCUGGUUUGGUCCGGCCCAAAUGUCAAUUCGUAUAUUUUUCUUGAAUAUUUAUAAAAUUUAUAACUAACGAUCGAAAUUAUAUAUUAUUUGAUUUAAUAUGGUCCAAUCCAAACAUUUAAUUUGAUCCACACCGCUACGAACCAAUCCAUUGCAAUAAUCAUAGGUGUCAAAAUAGAACACGAUCUGAUUAACCUGCCCGAUUAACUCGACCUGCAACCCGAAUUGACUAAAAGUGAACAACCCGCAACCCGCCCGACCCGCAACUCGAUUGACCCGCAACCCGACUGACCCGCAACCCGAUUAACCUAAACCCAAUUUACCCGCAACCCGAUUAAACCCGAACCCGAUUAACCCUAACCCAAUUGAUCUGAACCCGACUAACCCGUAACCCGACCGAUUCAACCCGAACUUCACCUAAUCCACUUGAAUAAUUAUUAUAUUAUACAAUACAUAAUUUUUCAAAAUAAAGUUUUUCAUUCUAAAUUUAGGUAAAAUUUAUUUUUCAUUUCUUAUAGGGGAUUUAAAAAAAUAUGAAACUCACGUGAUAUUAUGUAUUUUAAGAAAAUUACAAAAAUUGAAACAUGAACGUCACCUGAACACUAAGUUCUUUAACAAAAUUAAAAAUUUAAU